AUGUUAAUAAAAAGUGUAGAAGAAUUAUUAAAAUUAAUUAAUAAAAAUCAUCAUACUUUAUUUAUAUUUAAUUUGGAAUCUCUUGAUAUUUUUAAACAAUUACGUUUUGAAGAAUAUAUUUAUAGAUAUAUUACUCCUAAUUGUAUUAAUACUGCAUUUCUAUUACUUAAUCAUAUACAUACAUCAUGUUCAAUAAUAUUUGGAUUAUCAGGAAAUAUAAAAGAUAUAAAAGAUAUAAAUUAUUGUAGAAAGAAUAGAAUAGAAUUGAUAAGACGUUUUACAGGUGGUGGUACAGUAUUAAUUGAUAAUAAUAUUAUUACUUCAAGUAUUAUUGCUACACAUUCAUUUGUACCAAAUUUAAAUCCUAAUAAUCUUAAUAAUUGGGCUUUUAAUUUCUAUAAAUCAACUAAUCUUUUCAAUCAAUAUUUCAAUAUUCUUAACGGUGAUUUUACAUACAAUCCAUUGAAUCAUCAUACUAAUGGACCGAAUAGGAUUGGACAAGAUACUAAUGGAUCAGAUACUAUUGGAGAAGAUAGGAUUGGUACUGGUACUGUUGGAGCAAGCACCGUAACGGAAGACACCGUAAUGGAGAAUAUAUAUAAUUUAGAAUAUAAAAUAGGUGGAAAUGCACAAGCAUAUAAUAAAAAUUCAUUUGUAUAUCAUACAUCAUUUAUAUGGGAAGUAUCACCAAGAAUAGAAGAAAUAUUAUCAAUACCUAAAAAAAUACCAAAAUAUAGAAAUAAUAGACAACAUAAUGAAUUUUUAAAAUCUAUAAAAAAUACAUUAAAUAUUAAUAAUAAAAAUCUUUUCAUACAAUUAUUAAUACAAUCAUUAUCCAAAUUAUAUCAUAUUAUACUUAUCCAUUAUUCUAAUACCAGUACUAGUAAUUCUAUUAACUCUUAUAACUCCACCAACACCAGUAACUCUAGUGACACCGUUACUGAUAAUUUUAAUGAAUUAAAUAUGAAAGAAUUGGAAAUAAAAUAUAUAAAUGAUGAAAUAAUAAAUAAUUGUAUUAAUAAUAAAUUAUUUACUAAUUAUAUUAAUUUUUAUUAUAUAUAUUAG